AGAAGAAGAAGAAGAAGAAGAAGAAGAAGAAGAAGAAGAAAACAUGGUGCUUCACCAUAAAGAGUUCAUCAAAGCAGGCAAGACUACUGGUCUGCAGAUCUGGAGAGUGGAGAAGUUAGAGCUGGUCCCUGUGUCUGAGAGCCAACAUGGGAGCUUCUACACUGGAGAUGCUUAUCUCAUUCUCAACACUGUCAAACAGACAACAUGCACUUUCUACCACCUGCACUACUGGCUGGGAAUGGAGUGCAGUCAGGAUGAGAGCACAGCGGUAGCCAUCUUCGCCGUGCAGCUGGACGACUACCUGGGCGGGAGGCCGGUCCAGUACAGAGAGCUACAGGGGGUCGAGUCAACCGCUUUCACCAGCUACUUCAAAGGAGGCAUCACUUAUAAAACAGGAGGCGUGGCCUCAGGUUUGAACCAUGUGGUCACCAAUGACCUUACGGCGCAGAGGCUCCUCCACAUCAAAGGCCGGCGUGUGGUCAGAGCCACACAGGUCCCUCUGAGCUGGUCCAGCUUCAACUGCGGAGACUGCUUCAUUGUUGACCUUGGAGAUAAAAUCUUCCAGUGGUGUGGAGCCAAGUGUAACAAGUUUGAGCGCGUGAAGGCGGCACAGGUCGCCAGAGGAAUCCGCGACAACGAGAGAAACAGCCGAGCCGAGCUGGUGGUCAUCGAGGACGGAGAUGAACCGGGCGCGUUGAUCGAUGUCCUUGGAGAAAAGCCCGAGCUGCCAGCAGGCGAUGAUGAUGAUGAUGCUCAGGCCGACAUGUCCAACAGGAGAAUGGCUAAACUCUACAUGGUAUCUGAUGAAACAGGAUCCAUGAAAGUGACAGUUGUGAGGGAAGAAAACCCCUUCGUCCAGAGUGACCUGCUGUCAGAUGAAUGCUUCGUGCUCGACCACGGCAACAACAAUAUGAUAUUCGUAUGGAAAGGGCGUAACGCCAACCCCAGUGAAAGAAAGGCGGCAAUGAAAACAGCUGAGGACUUCAUCAAACAGAUGGGCCACCCAGCCAACACUCAGAUCCAGGUGCUUCCAGAGGGCGGAGAGACUCCCAUGUUCAAGCAGUUCUUCCAGGGCUGGAAGGACAGAGACCAGAGCGAGGGCUUUGGGAAGGUGUUUGUCACUGAGAGGAUCGCCGUGAUCCAGCAGGUGGAGUUUGACGCCUCUAAGCUCCAUGAGUCUCAGCACAUGGCAGCGCAGUACAACAUGGUGGACGACGGGAGCGGAGACACGCAGAUCUGGAGGGUGGAGAGCAGUGGCAGAGUCCCGGUCGGCACAAAGAGCUACGGUCAAUUCUACGGCGGGGACUGUUACAUCAUCCUGUACACUUACAGGAAGGGGCAGAUCAUCUACACCUGGCAGGGAGCCAGCUGCUCUUUGGAUGAGCUGACAGCCUCAGCGUUCCUGACUGUAGAACUGGAUCGUUCGCUCGGGGGGAAUGCAGUUCAGGUCAGAGUGAGCCAGGGUAAAGAACCCCCCCACUUGAUGAGUCUCUUUAAAGGCAAACCUCUGAUUGUAUAUAAAAGUGGUACAUCCCGCCUCGGCGGCCAGGCCCCGCCGCCUCCAACCCGACUCUUUCAAGUUCGACGGAACCUGGCCACCAUCACCAGAAUCGCUGAGGUUGAUGCCAGGGCGAACAACCUGAACUCGAACGACGCCUUCCUCCUGAAAAUGCCGGAUGGCCGGGGCUAUGUGUGGCAGGGCAAAGGAGCCAGUAAAGAGGAGAUGAAAGGAGCCGAGUACAUCAGCAAAGUGCUCACAUGCAGCAGCAGCAGCUGCAUCGCGGAAGGAAGUGAACCAGAUGAAUUCUGGGCCGCAUUAGGGGGGAAGACAGAGUACCAGACCUCGCAGAGACUGGAGAGGGAGACCAUGGCUCAGGCUCCCCGUCUGUUCGGCUGCUCCAACAAAACUGGCAGGUUCAUCAUCGAGGAGGUUCCAGGAGAAUUCACACAGGACGACCUGGCUGAAGACGACGUGAUGCUGCUGGACGUUUGGGAUCAGGUGUUUGUCUGGAUUGGAAAAGAUGCCAAUGAGGUGGAGAGGACGGAAUCAGUCCGAUCUGCCAAACAAUACUUAGAGACUGAUCCAAGUGGACGUGACAAGCUCACUCCUGUGGUGCUGGUGAAACAGGGCCACGAGCCGCCCACCUUCACAGGCUGGUUCCUGGCCUGGGACCCGGCUCAUUGGGACUCUGUCAGCAGGAGCAUGAAGUCUAUGGCUCUUUAAUGUGCACUCUGGAAGACUGUGUCAAAUAUAUCUUCAUUUAUACCAUUUAUACCGUCAAUGUAUUCAAAGAGAUUAAUAAAAUGUAUGUAAAGGAGUCAAA